AUGGAGUCCGUCGCGAUUAAACGCACACGUCAUGAAGAUUCAAGCGACAACGCUCGUGGUGCCUCAGACUCUAAGCGCACCAAGUCUGAGUCCCCAAUAGAUAUAGUGCGUGCCGAGGAAAGGCGAAGAAUCGAAGCGACCUAUGCCGACCUCCCUCUACUACCCCGGAGGGUUCCAGAACCCGAUUUCUUAAUGAACGGACAAGAAAUCUACAAUAAAGACGAUGCGUCGCUUCAGUUCUAUCCAGCUUGCGCUGAGGGGGAGCUGGAUAAGAUGCGCAGCUUUGUUGGACACUCACGGCCGCCUCAUUCAGACCUGCAGUACGGUUUGGAGAAGGCAGCACAUGGGUUCCAAGCCGAGAUUAUACAAUACCUCAUGCAAGAGCGAAAUGUCAAACUUCACACCCGGGUUUUUGAAACGAAAUGCAAAAUGGCACCUUCGCCGGAAAGCAUAUUUACGGGCGGCAAUCCACAUUAUUAG